AUGUGCAACCUCAAGCAGCACCAAACAAUCGGAGACUAUGACUCUGCCGAUGCUUUCUUCACGGAUAGAAACCCUAUCCAUCCACCACUUCCUGCAAGGAAUGACUAUGAGAUCAAGCCUCAGAUCAUAGCAUUGGUUAGACAGAACCAAUUCAAUGGCCUUCCAGCCGAGCAUCCUCUUGAUCACAUAGAAAACUUUGAAGAGAUUUGCAGCACUACAAGAUCCAAUGGAGUCUCAGCUGACUACUUGAAGUGCAAGCUCUUUUCAUUCUCUCUUGGCGACAAAGCUUCAAGAUGGUUGAAGUCUCUGCCAGCUCACUCCAUUACCACUUGGGAUGAGUACAAGGCCGCUUUCAUCAACCACUUCUACACCAAGCAAAGAUCAGUUUCUGUAGGAACAAGAUCUCCAACUUUCGCCAAGCCAACAAUGAAUCUUUCUAUGAGGCGCUAG